AUGUCCUAUCAUUUCUAUUUAUCUAUCUUUCUUAAUAUCUUUCUUCUUCAUUUCCUUUUAUGUCAAAAAUUUAUAGAUAUUCCAAGGAAAAUCUAUCUAUCUUCAUUCUAUUCAGUUUUUUUCUAUUUUUGUCAUUCUUUUCUUCUUUUCUUUCUCCUUCACGUCUCAUCUCAUUUGGAUUUGAGGAUUAUUCUUUCUCAUGUCUAUCUAUUUCAUUUCUUCUUGUCUAUCUUUCUCUUUAAGAAAAUGAUCUUCUUUCUUUCUUUCUAUCUAAAAAUUUUGGUUCUUAUUGCCGAGAAAAACUAUGAGCUUUUCUUCAUUUCUCUUUUUCUUUCUUUUUAUAUCUUUUCCUGGAUCUAUCUUUCUUUUCUAAAUAACCUUCGUUUUACUUGUGGUCGGAAUCUUCCUUUCUUUCAACUAUCUUUCUUUAUCAUAUUAUCUGUGAAUUCUUUUAUCUCUUUAAAAGUCUCUAUCUAUCUAGAAAGAAAAAUGAUUCCUUGGCUCCUUCUUCUUCCUUUCUCAGUUCUUCUUAUCUAUAAAUAUCCGCAUCUGUACAAUUUAAUGUCUUUUAUCUAUCUAUAUAUCUAUCUUCUUUCUUUCUCAUUCUUUCUUUUCUAUCUAUCCUUUAUCUUUUUUUCUUUUUUGUUUUAUAAAUAUCUUGUGAACUGUCUCUAUGAUUUUCUUUUUUCUUUUACUUUCUUAUCCAUCUAUCUUUUCUUUCUAUUUUCUUUCAAUGAAUUCUCCAACUUUCUUUCUAUCUAUCUAUCUUUAAUAACAAAAAAGUACUCUAAACCAUUUCUUCAUUUUAUCUUUCAAAUUUCUUCUGUUUUCUCUCAAAGAUUUUCUAAAUUUCUUUCAUUCUACUAUCUAUUUUCAAAUUUCCCCUUUUAUCUAUCUGUAUCUAUCUAUUAA